AUGUCCAUAGGAAUAAUUAGUGAAUUUCAAGUAAAUUCAGAUGAUUGGUAUUUAUACGUUGAACGUUUGGAACAAUAUCUAAUUGUCAAUAGAAUACCCAAUGAAUUAUAUGUCCCAACAUUGAUUACAGUCAUUGGGUCUAAAUGUUACGAAUUAUUAGUAAGCUUAUGUACACCUGAUAAACCCAGUUCAAAAUCUUUUAAACAAUUAAUAGAAAUUUUGGGAAAACAUUUGCAACCUAAGCCAAGCAUUUUAGCAGAACGCUUUAAGUUUCGUCAGCGAAUUCAAAUUAAUGGUGAGAGUAUAUCAGAGUAUACAGCAGAAUUGAAGAAGAUGUCAAAAACAUGUGAGUUUGGUAGUUGGCUAGAAGAAAGUCUUCGUGAUCAAUUAGUAUGUGGCUUAAGUAGUGAUGUCAUUCGUCAGCGAAUAUUCGCAGAAGAGCACUUAGAUUUUAAGAAAGCUUAUCAACUGGCAGUUAACAUGGAGGCGGCUGAGAGAAAUACAGCGGCAGUUGACAGUCGAAUAGGAAAUUCAAACAAUAGUACGGUUGCAUGCCAGGCCAUGGCGGGAGCAUGGCGAGACAAAAGCAGUGGUAUGUGGCGUACAAAGUAUCAGCAGGGUAGAGUGGAUAAUACGAUUCGCCGGAAUAAGCCAAAUAAUAGUUUAGAAGAUGAGAUUAAUUGGCGCAGAGAAAAGUCAAUGCCUAGCGCAUUAUGUCGGGUCUGUAAUCGUCGAGGUCAUAUUCGUAGAGUCUGUCCAAAUAUGACAGGCCAAUACAAUAUUGUUGAUAGUCUUUAA